CGCAGUGGCCCGUUUUCAAGGAAAGCAAAAAGCUAAUACGAAAGAAAUAGGACGAGAAAAGGAAAAUCUCUGCAACUCAACGGCAAAGUUGGGGGUUUAGGGCUACUGCGGGCAACAGAUUUACACACCCAGACAGAUAGAGAGAGAGAAGUUGGGGAGGGUGAGGGAGAAUGGACCAAGAAGAAAUCGACAAGGUGGUGUUGGCGUAUUUGGAUAAAAGGGGUUUUAAGCAAGCGGGGCUCGCUUUUCAGCAAGAGAAGCAGCAGCACAGCAAAGGCAGUAACUCUUCUUCAACUGCACAAAUUGACCCUGAUAUUGCCAAGCAAAUCCUCGCCUUUUCUGAAACGGAUGGUCCUACACAGUACCAAGAAGGGUAUAGCAAACUUCGGUCAUGGGCUUAUAACUCACUUGAUCAAUACCAGCACGAGUUGGUUCGGGUGUUGUAUCCAGUAUUUAUCCAUGCAUUUAUGGAUCUUGUUGCAAAGGGUCAUAUUCAGGAAGCUAGAGCUUUCUUUAAUAGCUUCCGGGGAGACCAUGAAGUGGGUCAUUCCCGUGAUCUCCAAAAACUAGAAGGUGUUCUUUCUCCCUCACAUCUGGAGGAAAUGGAAUUUGCACAUUCCCUCAGGCAGAGCAAAGUGCGCAUUAAGAUUUGCCAAUAUUCUUAUGACCUACUUCUGCAAUACUUACACAAGUCUCAGUCAAUUACAAUGCUUGGAAUAAUCAAUGAGCACAUCAAUUUUCAAGUGUCUCCCGGACAACCAAUCUCAAUUGCUGAUGAUGCGGAAUUUGUCACGCUUUUCGGAGGUGACCAGGAUGCAGUUAAUUUGAUAAAUCAGAAAGAAAUUCAUUGGGGGUUGCUUGAAGAUUCUUUGGAAGAAAAAUUGGAAAAAACUGGGGGUUCAAAUACAGAUUUAGAAAAGGGCGAUGGAGAAACGAGAGAAGGAGAACUGGAAGACAGUAAGAAAAGAUCUGUUGAUGGUGGCAAGCAAGGCACAUCACUUAAAAAGCAAAAAAAGGAGAAAGUUGUCAGUGCUACAGCAAAAGCUUCUCGUCCAGACAGCGUCACAGCAUCUGGAGCACCACGUGUCAAACCAGAACUAGCCUUGCCAGUAAUACCGAUAGAGGUGGAACAGUCUAUUCUUGAAGACUUGAGAAACCGUGUGCAGUUGAGUAGCAUGGCAUUGCCUUCCAUCAGCUUCUACACCUUUAUCAAUACACAUAGCAGCUUGAAUUGUGCUUCAAUAUCUCAUGACGGGUCAAUGGUAGCUGGUGGAUUUUCAGACUCAGCAUUAAAGGUUUGGGAUAUGGCAAAGCUUGGGCAACAAAAUGGGAACUCUCCUUUGCAGGGUGAAAAUGAGUUGGCUUCCAAUGACCAUACGCUUGGCCCAAAUGCAGGGGGAAGAUCUUACACAUUAUUCCGAGGUCAUGCUGGACCUGUUCAUUCUGCUACUUUUAGUCCAUUUGGGGAUUUUCUUCUAUCUUCUUCAUCAGAUUCUACAAUUCGAUUGUGGAGCACAAAGUUAAAUGCAAAUCUUGUUUGCUACAAGGGUCACAAUUAUCCUGUAUGGGAUGUACAGUUUAGUCCAGUGGGACACUAUUUUGCUAGUGCUUCACACGAUCGGACAGCAAGGAUCUGGUCUGUGGACAGAGUACAGCCUUUAAGAGUAAUGGCUGGUCAUUUAUCUGAUGUAGAUUGUGUACAAUGGCAUGCAAACUGCAACUAUAUUGCCACCGGAUCCAGUGACAAAACAGUACGCUUAUGGGACGUUCAGAGUGGGGAGUGUGUUAGAAUUUUCAUUGGUCAUAGAAGUAUGAUCUUAUGCUUGGCAAUGUCACCUGAUGGUCGUUAUAUGGCAUCUGGUGAUGAAGAUGGUACAAUAAUGAUGUGGGAUCUUGCAACUGGUCGCUGUGUUUCCCCUUUGGUUGGCCACAGCUCUUGCAUAUGGUCACUUGCUUUCAGCUGUGAAGGUUCACUUCUCAAAAGUGGAAGCGCAAGCAGACUUAGAUCAUUGAAGACCUUACCUACCAAAUCAACUCCUGUCUAUGCUCUGCAGUUCUCUAGACGGAACCUUUUAUUUGCAGCUGGUGCACUCACAAAGCAGUCAUAAAUUAAUAUCGACUUGAUCAAGACUCCUUUAGCCUGCAAAAUUGUUAUGGGCAGACUUUCUGGAAUGCACCAAUCUUCCAGUCUUGCUUUGUCCUGAAUUUUGCCUUCAGUCCCUUCCGUUGUUCUUCUAUUUAGCUGAUUUUCCUGUAAAGUUUUGAUUCAGAAACCGCGUUUGGAUUAGAUAGAAGUAGUUUCUGCUCUCUGCCGAUUGAAUCCUUUCUGUUUCUGGCUUUUAGGUGAUGAAGAAAUCCAACAUUUCUAAAGUAUCUUAGUCUAUUUUAAUGACAUCCUCUCCUUCCCUUUAAACAUGUAUUUAAACAGGAAAACAAGAAAGAUUAUGCAAUAGUACGUGCAGGAAGGCGCAUACAGAAUUAGAUAUUCGUUUAAUGUUCUUAUUAAGAUAAAUCUUCAUUCUCUAAUAACAUUGAUUUGUCUUA